AGCGAACGAGCGUGAGGUAGCGGUAGGGCGGGCAGGCGGUGGCGGUAGCGGCCAUAUUAUCAGUGAGGUGUCAGUAUUUUCCGAACGUGACGGGAUUUUUGGGUGUGGAUCAUACGAUUUCCUGUCUCGUUGGGCUGUCGCGGGUAAAGCGCGAGUGCGAGUGCGAGUGUCAGCCGGGCCGUUGUGGAUGUGGUGCGACACACGUGUCACUGGAUUCUCGGGAGUGUGCAAGCAAAAUCGAAGGGAUAGUUCCACUGUUUAGUAAGAGAAAACACAACUGCCACGAUGCCUAAGUCGAUGAACGUGAGGGUGACGACGAUGGACGCCGAGCUGGAGUUCGCGAUCCAGCAGACGACCACCGGGAAGCAGUUGUUCGACCAGGUCGUGAAGACGAUCGGACUGCGCGAGGUAUGGUUCUUCGGCCUCCAGUACACCGAUAAUAAGGGCGACCUCACCUGGAUCAAACUCUAUAAGAAGGUGAUGAACCAAGAGGUCAAAAAAGAGACUCCACUGCAGUUCAAGUUUCGUGCAAAAUUCUAUCCCGAGGAUGUCGCUGAAGAACUCAUACAGGAUAUUACACUUCGACUUUUCUAUCUUCAGGUGAAGAAUGCCAUCCUUACAGAUGAAAUAUACUGCCCACCGGAAACUUCCGUCCUAUUGGCUUCGUACGCCGUUCAGGCGAGACACGGUGACUAUCAGAAGGGUAGUCAUCCCGUUGGCUUCCUGGCAAACGAUCGAUUGUUGCCGCAGCGCGUCGUAGAUCAGCAUAAGAUGAGCAAGGAAGAAUGGGACAGCUCGAUUACGAAUUGGUGGCAGGAGCACCGUGGCAUGUUGCGGGAGGAUGCCAUGAUGGAAUAUUUGAAAAUUGCUCAGGACUUAGAGAUGUAUGGUGUGAAUUACUUUGAAAUUCGCAACAAGAAGGGCACAGAUCUUUGGUUGGGUGUGGAUGCUUUAGGUUUGAAUAUCUACGAGAAGGACGAUAAGCUUACGCCGAAAAUCGGUUUCCCUUGGUCCGAGAUACGGAAUAUCUCGUUCAACGAUAAGAAGUUCAUAAUCAAGCCGAUCGACAAGAAGGCGCCGGACUUUGUAUUUUUCGCCACCAGAGUCAAGAUUAACAAGAGAAUUCUCGCGCUGUGCAUGGGCAAUCACGAGCUCUACAUGCGCAGACGUAAGCCGGACACGAUCGACGUGCAGCAGAUGAAGGCUCAAGCAAGAGACGAAAAGAUAGCGAAACAGCAACAGAGAGAGAAAUUGCAAUUGGAAAUAGCUGCUCGGGAACGCGCGGAGAAGAAACAGCAAGAGUACGAGGAGAGGCUAAGGAACAUGGCGGAAGAAAUGGACAGGCGGCAGGCCGAGUUGAAUGAGGCUCAGGAAAUGAUUCGGCGCUUGGAGGAGCAGCUGAAGCAGUUGCAAGCUGCCAAGGAAGAGCUAGAAAAUCGCCAGAAAGAAUUGACGGCAAUGAUGGAGAAGUUGGAACUGUCGCACGAGAUGGAGGCUGCGGAACGCGCCAAACUCGAACAAGAGAUCAGAGCUAAACAAGAGGAAGUGCAACGCAUACAGUCCGAGGUGGAAGCAAAGGAUGCGGAAGCUAGGAGAUUACAGGCAGAGUUCGAAGCGGCCAAACUAAGACAAGAAGAGGCAGAUCGUGCGUAUCAGGCCAGCACGACCCCGCAUCAUCAUCAUGUCGAGGAGAAUGAAGAGGGUGAGGAGGAAGGCGAGGACGAAGUUCCCCAAGGAGACGUUACCAAGGACCUCGCGACUGACGAAUCAAUAAUUGAUCCUGUCGAAGAGCGACGCACUUUGGCCGAAAGAAAUGAACGUCUACAUGACCAGUUAAAGGCACUGAAGCAAGACCUCGCUCAGUCGCGCGACGAGUCCAAGGAAACUGUGAUGGAUAAAAUCCACAGGGAAAAUGUGCGUCAAGGUCGCGACAAAUACAAAACGCUUCGUGAGAUCCGCAAGGGUAACACCAAGCGUCGCGUUGAUCAGUUCGAGAACAUGUAAAUUAUAACGUGCAUUUAUCCGCUUAUACUUUGUUCACGAUCUUUCCUAUCUUCGAGUUUCUCAUCCGAUUUUGUACAAGCGGGGAAUUGCAGUGAAAUGAUUCAAGAUACACGAAAGAAAGCGAUCAAGAGAAGGAGAUGGAGAAGCAGAGAGAGAGAGAGAGAGAGAGAGAGAGAGAGAGAGAGAGAGAGAGGUAUAGAUUCUACAAUCGAUGUAUAAAUAGAAUUAUCUUGAACACAUACUUUCCAUUAAUUAACUAACAAACCUCUCUCAAGUCGGCGCGAAGUAACACCGUGUGUGAAUCGCGUAUCGAGAAUUGUGAGUGAUAAUCCGAUUUUAGCACGAUGAUGACUCUAUACUCUCCGCAAUCGAUAAUCAAAGCUCUCAAACGAUUGGCGAGAAACGCGAUGAAAAGCAAGCGACUCGCGCCGUCUUCCAGAUAUGCUUCCACGUUAAUUAAUGUCGUACGAUUGGCUCUAAUGGGAAAUCGUCACGUGUGUAUGUCUUACAAAACGUGAGCAAAUUUUCUUGCUGAUUUUACGCGGGAAUACCUUGUCCGUGAAAACGGGGUGAUCUUUAUAGCUGUUUUAGCAGUUACUUGAAAAUAAUUUUUCGGAUAUUAAUGUUACCUAUUUUUCGAGUUUCGAAAUAACUUAAUCUGUGCUAUAUCAUCCUAAUUUUUUUUUUAAUUCGAAGAUGAGUUUCGUUUUUUCUCGCUGAAAUAGCAAGAAAAUUUACAGUAUUGGUAAAAUCAACUCGUUAUCGUUACUUAACUUUCUCGACGAAUUAUAUCUCGGAACCGAGAUAUCAGUAUUGUCUUGUUUCACAAGUAUAUUACUGCCUGUCAUUUUUAUUCGAGUCGCGAGACGUCGAUUUUCACCGCUGGUUACUCGAUGCCUGUCCGUCGCGCAGGUUCUUAUCGUGUCGUGUCCUAUCGUGUCCUCGAUAUAAGGAUUCGCUUUCGAUUUUCUAUGUCAACCAUCGUUACAUCAUUGUUACCACCACUCAUAUCUCGGAUCGAUGCCUCGCGACGACAGGCUCACCGGUCGUGGUCGUUACCUGUUAACAGACGGUUUUUUUUCUAGUUAUACGCUAAAGGAGAUGCUGAAGCUGAAAACUAUACCGACAGAAUACUGAAAUUUUUUUGUAAAAUUUACGUCAUAUUAGUUGCAUAGAAUUACAAAUACUUUUACGCAAUGAAAGCAAAAAUAAAUAGGAACAUUACUCAAUAUGUGACGAAAAAAAAAAUGAAAACGCGCAUGUGUAAAAUCUUUCUGCAAACUUUUCAGAUAUUCUUAAGCUUUUAUGCGAAGAUACAGUAUGUUUUUCAAAAUUUUUCUGUCUGGAGCACCCAUAUUUUCGAUAUGUGCAAGCUGCUUUUGAUUUGAUAGCCAAAUAUUACGCUGACAGCUUGAGAUUUUAUAUUUAAAAUGUUUGUUCAUUUUCGUCACAUAUUGAGCAAUGUUGUUAUUUAUUUUAUACGUAUUUUUAUUGCGUAAAAGCAUUUAUAAUUCUGUACAAGCAAUAUGACGUAAACUUUGAAGAAAAAGUCAGUAUAUUGUCGAUAAUGUUUUCAGCUUCAACAGUCUCUUAAUUCGGGCCAUAUUUGUAGAUUGGGAAGGUAUGUUGAGCAGUCGCUUGCGAAAGUCGUCAGCCGGCCUAUCCGUGGAAAUCGCGAAGCGAUAUCCAGUAGUAUCGAUGAUUCGUAAAUCAUUUACGAAUAUCGGCCAUAAAGGAGUCGAUGGUGCACAUGAUUUAUACCGUAGCGAGAUAGAUAGAAAUUUAGGCGUAAUUCACUUGUAGUUCUUACUGGGCAACAACCGUCUCGCAAGGGAACUUUGCGGCGUUCCAUUAAUUUUUUUGCGUUAAUAUUAUGCGCUAAAAAUCUAAUUGAAAAAAAAGUUGGACUAAAAAUAUAUAAUUAUAUUAUUAUGAGCAUUUACCUGUCUGUGCGUUGUAAAUGUUGUUUGACAGGUUUUGGCAAUCAGUCGUUAAAUUGACUAUUUUCAAACUGGUACAUACAAUUUUUUUUUUUUUUUUUUUUAAGAUAAACCACGUUCGUCGCGCUUUUGCAGAAGAAUAGACGAGUUGCAUAUCGCGAUUGUUCUCUUGUACACCAUCCACGAAUCACUGUACAGCACAAGCUGUGUUUCCAGAUAAUAAGAUAAGCGAUUCGACGAGAAUGAUCUAUUUGCUACCGGUAAGACCGACUACCGACUAUUUUCGUACGAGCGAGUUUUGAUAAACACAUUAGCGAUUUUAUAUUAAAUACACUCGUGGCCUUUAUUGAUAUACAUACAUAUAAAUAAAUAUAUAUAUAUAUAUAUAUAUAUAUAUAUAUAUAUAUAUAUAUAUACACAGAUAUCAAAGUACUAUAGGUAAUAAACGUAUAGUACUAUAUAUAGUAAUAUACGAUAUUGUAGCAAAGAGAGAGAGAGGGAUACCGCACGAUUCUUUGUCUUGCAUACUUUCGAAUAGGAUUUAAUCGCGCGUUAUCUGCGAAUGAGCUAGUAAACGAGAUUUUUGAAAGAAUGAGCAAAUGAGUGUAAGAUGGAGAGAAUGCGACCGGGAGAUGCCGUGUGAAAGGCCGAACGGGGAAAAAAGAAAAAAAAAUGCAAAUGCAUUUAUGACGGUCCGUUACUAUGUCACUAUAAGUUUUAAUAUCUUGGCAUUUUAAGAAAGUAUUGCGCAAUGAAAUUUGGAAUUAAACGAAAUUUAAUAUACAUAAACUACAAAGUGCUAUCAAUUUUCAUCGACGGAAUGCAAACAAGGAGCAAUAAUUAUACGAUAUGAAGAUGUAAACUAUAUUGGAAAGCAGAAUUGCGAAAUAACGAAAUCUUUGCUAUAUUUAAUGUCACCAUUCGCACCAUUCGUAAAAGAUAAUAUGCGAAAGAGUAAGAAGGAAAAAGUACAGAAGUAUAUUUAAUAACAAUAGAUAUUUUUUGAUUAUAUUUAAUAUUAAAAAAAUUACAAAUUGGUAGUGUUAUUAUAAUAUUAAUAUUUACAAUUUAGUAGAUUUAUUCUAUUAUUAUUAUUAUUAUCAUCGUCGUCGUCGUCAUCAUCAUCAUCAUCAUCAACAUCAUCGUCAUCAUCAUCAUCAUCAUCAUCGUUAUGGAGAUAAUAUCGAACGAAAACUAAAGCAAAGCAUUUUAUAGUCACCAAUUUAUACUCUUAAGGUAACACAGCACAUAGAUUUAGUUGCGGAAGUUUGUGUACGUGUCGGGAGAGUUACAGGUAUUCAAAAUAAUAUACACGAUAAUUUUUUUAGUCUUCUUUUUCGCUAUUUUUGUUUUCUUUUUCUGAACAUAUAUGCAAUUGUAUUUAAAUUCCUUAUAUCUCGGAUCUUGGGGAAGGGAGAUUCUGAGAUUCCUUUAAUUUACCUGAACAAAUAUAUUUAAGAAUGUGACGUUUUAUUAUGGCUGCGUUCAGAAAACAUAGCUGAUCAGUGAGCGGUCAGUGAUUAUUGGUCCUUAUUGUUAGAUCCCUAACUUUAGACCAAUUACGUUGACUAAUUACUCAACCGUUGUGUAACCGUUGUGUCUCCUAAACGCACCUAUUGCUAACCUUUUUUAAUCUUUGUUUAAAAGAAUGUAUAGACUCGCGACUAAAUAUAUGUGCAAAUAAAAUGAAAAAAAAAAAAAAAACCACUAGAAGCGAAGAGAUCAUAC